CAUGCUCUUCACCAGUGCUGGCUUUCCGCUACUGCUCCACACUUUUGUGCAUUGAAGGAAGGUGAACCUGAGGUUGGAAAGAUGCCCACUCUGGAAGAGCACUUUGUGGGGAUCAUCAACAUCUUCCACCAGCACUCAGCUCAUGUGGGGGAUUUUGACACCCUCUUCAAGAGUGAGCUGAAGAAGCUGAUAACCAGGGAACUUGCCAACACCAUCAAGAAUAGCCAAGAUCCAGCUACCAUUGACAGAAUAUUCCAGGAUCUGGAUGAUAAUCAAGACGGACAGGUCGACUUUAGGGAAUUCCUGUUACUGGUGGCCUCUGUGCUGGAGACCACCCACAAGAACCUCCACCGAGAGUAGCCACCUCUCUGAGAGCCUUUUCCCAGCCA